UGAGCUUGCUCGCUUACGCAACUCUCUCUCUCUCUCUCUUUGAGCUUCUGUAAUGGCUACUUGGAGUGGUUUCAACGUCUCUUCUUCUCCGUUGCUUAGGCUUCGGUCUUCCUCCGUCUCAAAUGUCACUAAGCUUCCGUUUCUCUCUCCUAUUUGCCGGCGUCGGUUACUGGCAGAACGCUUUGGUCUCGCAACUGUCGUUGUUACGCGCCAAAACCUCACGGUUACUCCGUCGUCUGCGGCGGUGGAAGCUCGUAUCUCAGGGAAAAGAGAACCUAUGACGCCUCCGUAUAACAUAUUGAUCACUGGCUCAACCAAAGGUAUAGGAUAUGCAUUAGCUAGAGAGUUUCUGAAAGCAGGCGACAAUGUUGUGAUUUGCUCUAGAUCAGCUGAACGAGUUGAGACUGCUGUUCAGAGUCUUAAGGAAGAAUUUGGGGAGCAUGUGUGGGGAACUAAGUGUGAUGUUACGGAAGGGAAGGAUGUGAGGGAACUUGUAGCUUAUAGUCAGAAGAAUCUUAAAUACAUUGACAUUUGGAUAAAUAAUGCGGGAUCUAAUGCAUAUAGCUUUAAACCUUUGGCAGAGGCCUCAGAUGAGGAUCUUAUUGAAGUUGUGAAAACCAACACUCUAGGUCUCAUGUUAUGUUGCCGAGAGGCAAUGAAUAUGAUGUUGACCCAAUCUCGAGGUGGUCAUAUCUUCAAUAUUGAUGGAGCUGGUUCAGAUGGGAGACCAACACCCAGAUUUGCUGCAUAUGGUGCAACUAAACGGAGUGUCGUUCACCUGACAAAGUCAUUACAGGCAGAGUUGCAGAUGCAAGAUGUCAAAAAUGUCGUGGUGCAUAAUCUAUCGCCUGGAAUGGUCACAACUGAUCUGCUCAUGUCCGGAGCAACUACAAAACAAGCCAAGUUCUUCAUUAAUGUUUUGGCAGAGCCAGCCGAAGUGGUGGCUGAGUACCUUGUCCCAAACAUAAGGGCAAUACCGGCUAGCGGAUCUAUGAAGCCGACUUACAUCCGUUUCCUAACUGGAAUCAAAGCCUACACCAAAAUAUUCUCAAGAGUUGCGUUGGGAGCAAGGAAGAACAGGUAUGUUACUGAAGAGUAGGUGUCAAACUAAGUAUUAGAAUUGUAUUGCUUUCUCAGUUUGUUCAAUGGUAAAUAAAAACCUCUACAUUUUGUUCAUGACAACUCCAAAACAUGCAAUCUAUUGUACAAUUUGGAUUUAAGCUCAUUUGCAAAAAUGUGAGAUUUCUCAGUUAAUGAUUGAAGUGAUGAUUUAAAAGUCAGUUUUUUUUUUCCAACCAUAAUAAUUUAUAGGCACUAUUUUGAGAAUCAGACCAGAUUUGUCGAGACUGGGAUCCAAAUGCCUGUGGUCUAGUUUACAAUUUAACAAGCAGCAAAAAUGU